AUGGCGGCGGCGGCGGCGGGGGGGAGGCCCGGGGAGCGCGAGGCCGGGUCGGGCCCGGCCGCCAAGCGGGGCUGCUUCGGGCCGGGCCGCGGGGAGGCCGACGGCCGGAGGCUCCUCGUCGUCUUGGAGGGGGCCGCGCUGGAGACCGUCAAGGUGGGGAAGACGUUCGAACUGCUCAACUGCGACAAGCACAAGUCCGUGCUGCUGAAGGCCGGGCGGGACCCGGGCGAAGUGAGGCCGGACAUCACCCAUCAGAGCCUGCUGAUGCUGAUGGACAGCCCCCUCAACCGGGCGGGCCUGCUCCAGAUCUACAUCCACACCCGGAAGAACGUCCUGAUCGAAGUGAACCCCCAGACCCGCAUCCCCCGCACCUUCGACCGCUUCUGCGGCCUCAUGGUUCAGCUCCUGCACAAACUCAGUGUCCGCGCAGCUGACGGCCCCCAGAAGCUGCUGAAGGUGAUCAAGAACCCCGUGUCGGACCACUUCCCCCCGGGCUGCGUCAAGGUGGGCACCAGCUUCUCCGCCCCCACGGUCAGCGACGCCCGACAGCUGGCGCCCAGCGCCGACCCCAUCGUCUUCGUGGUGGGGGCCUUUGCCCACGGCACGCUGGACGUGGAUUACACGGAGAAGACGGUCUCCCUCAGCAACUACCCCCUCUCGGCGGCCCUGACCUGUGCCAAGCUGACCACGGCCUUCGAGGAGGCCUGGGGUGUCGUCUGACCGCGGGACCCCCCCCGGCCCAAGCUGACCGCGACCACCGAGGAGGCCCGGGGCGUCCUUUGGCGGCCGGGGGACCGCGGGGCUGGGCGCCGGCCUUCCGUGGGACUCCGGGGUGGGGCGGGGGGGGUCCCUCCGCUGCUCAUUAAACCUGCUUUGAUCCGA